GGCACCUGGGCUGGGGCUCGGCUCCCUUCUUCUAGCAUUCCUCGCUUGUUUCGGCAGCCUCCAGCUCGCAGAGACCGCUGGAGCAGCCGGCGGCAGGCGCGGGUCAGCGGCUGAUGGCUGCGGAGGGAGGGGGCUGUCAUCAGUCACCAAGAGCAAUGGACUAUUCAAUAUCACCUUUAAAUAUGACAACUGCACACCUUACCUGAAUUCCAUGGGAAAGCACAUGAUUGGAGAUGUGCAGAAUAUAACUAUCAGCCAGUAUGCCUGUUCCGAGCAGGUUGCAGUGAUGAUACUUUGGGCAGCAAAUGCUAUUGGGAUUGAAUACCUGAAAGGAUUUCGAGUAAUACUCGAGGAGUUAAAGUCAGAGGGAAGACAAUGCCAGCAGAUGGUUUUAAAAGAUCCAAAGCAGCUCAGCCCCAGUUUUAAACGAACAGGAAUGGAAUCCCAGCCCUUUGUGAAUCUGAAGUUUGAAACAGAUUACUUCAUAAAAAUUGUUCCUUUUCCUUCCCUUAAAAAUGAAAGCAAUUAUCACCCUUUCUUCUUCAGAACUAGACCAUGUGAAUAUUUACUACAACCAGAAAACCUUGUCUGCAAACCUUACUGGAAGCCAAGGAGUCUGAAUGUUACUCAACAGGGUUUCAACAUGCAAGUGUCUUUUGAUCAUGCACCUCACAACUUCGGGUUUAAAUAUUACUUUCUUCACUACAAACUUAAGCAUGAAGGGUCGUUUAAGCAAAAGACCUGUAAACAGGAGCAAAACACAGAUACUACAAGUUGCAUUCUUCAGAAUGUAUCUCCAGGGGAUUAUAUAAUUGAGCUGGUUGAUGACACCAAUACAACAAGGAAAACGAUGCACUAUGCACUAAAACCAGUGCAUUCUCCGUGGGCUGGGCCGAUCAGAGCUAUUGCCAUUACAGUCCCCUUAGUUGUCAUUUCAGCUUUUGCAACGCUUUUCACAGUGAUGUGUCGCAAGAAACAGCAAGAAAAUAUAUAUUCCCAUCUAGAUGAAGAGAGCUCAGAAUCUUCAGCAUAUGCUGCAGGUGUCCAUGUGGAAAGACUUCAUCCCCGACCAAAAGUGUUCAUCUGCUAUUCCAGUAAAGACUGCCAGAAACACAUUAACGUCAUCCAGUGCUUCGCAUAUUUUCUUCAGGACUUCUGUGGCUGUGAGGUGGCUCUAGAUUUGUGGGAAGAUCUGAAAAUCUGUAAGGAAGAUCAGAAGGAGUGGCUUGUUAAAAAAAUAAACGAGUCCCAGUUCAUCAUCAUCGUGUGUUCCAAGGGAAUGAAAUACUUUGUUGAAAAAAGGAACUGGAAACACCGAGGAGUAACCAAAGAUGCAGGAAAAGGAGAACUCUUUCUGUUUGCUGUGUUGACUGUUGCAGAGAAGCUUCGUCAAGCAAAGCAGAAUUCAGAUGACCUCUGCAAGUUCAUUGCAGUCUACUUCGAUUACUCCUGUGAAGGAGAUAUCCCUGGUAUCCUGGAUCUAAGUACAAAAUACAAACUCAUGGACAACCUCCCUCAGCUGUAUUCACAUUUACACUCUAGAGAUCCUAGUGCACAGGAUUCAGAGGUGUUUCCUGUUAACAUUAGUAAAAGGAAUUAUUUCAGGAGCAAAUCCGGGAGGUCUCUUUAUGUUGCUAUUUGCAACAUGCAUCAGUUCAUUGAUCAGGAACCAGACUGGUUUGAGAAACAGUUUAUUCCUUUCCCUCCACCUUCUUUACAUUACUCAGAGCCUGUCAUGGAAAAAUUUGAUUCAGGCUUGGUUUUAAAUGACUUAGUGAAUAAGCAGGCGAUGGAUGGCAAUUUUUACCUGAAAACAGAUGUAAAUAUUAUUGCUGCAGGAAAUUCAGACUCUCACUGUAUAAUUCAGCACUUAAACCUUGGAGAAGAUAUAGAAACUCAGGACAUUCAAGGUGGUGGCAGCUCUGUUCUUCAGCCAUUGUUGCAUGUUGUUAAAACUUCAAAUCUUAAAGAUAUGCCUCGAGAUUCUGGAAUCUAUGAUUCAUCUGUUCCUUCAUCUGAAUUAUCUUUACCUUUAAUGGAAGGACUAUUGGCAGACCAAAUUGAAACAUCUUCCAUUACAGGAAGUGUUUCUUCAUCUUCUGGUUUAGGGGAAGAAGAACCUCCUGUAAUCGCCACCACAAAGUUCUUAAUGCCUGGAAUAUGUAAAGCAGAACUUCACUGCCAUAUCCAUGCUGAUGAAUUGCAGGCAAUUGCUCCUUUAUAAUAAGUUACACCAUUGUUAUGCAUUGCCACUUUAUCAGUAGCCUCUGUUGGUGCUUUAACUACCAUAGUCUCUCAGCACUAAAUCCACUUGACGGAAUAAAUACUCCCUGAAGAAGAUCUGUUAUUCCUAAGGGAUUUUUUUUUAUGGCCACUGAACUUCAAUCUGUUGCUCUUCAUGUGAAGUCAUUGCUGAGAUGAAAAAUGCAACAUGGAAAGAUAGAUGAGAAUACAUUUCCAAGUCAUUCCUAUUGCUAAUUUAAGUGUCAUGAUGUUACAUUGUUUACAGAUGCCAUAACCAAAACUGACUUUUUCUUUUGUUGUUUUGUUAGAAAUAGUCUUACAACUGGAGAUAAAAUAGCUUGGAACAUUAACUUGGGAAACUUUGUAGUCCAGCCUCUAGUUUUAAGUGCUGACAUACUUGAUAGCAGGAGUGUUGUAGUGAAUGACAGCAAGAUUUUUUUUCAGAAGCAAGAUAAAAAUGCCAAAGGUGAGAUCAGGAGAUUCUCUUUCAUAAGAAAUAGUUUUAUUUUAGAAAUGUUUGAGCUCCUUUUCUCAGUCUUUCCCAAAUAUUAAUGUGCCUCUAUUUAAUUACAAAUAAGCACAUAUCUCCCUCUUACAUAUGAUUCUUCUGUCUCUUCUUCACAGUCCGGCUGUGAUGAUUUACAAAUGGUACCAUCCUGACUUGGAAGUACCAUUUUUAUAAUAAACAAAAGUAUACAUCCUGCAUGUGCUGAGUGAUACCAUGGAAACUAAGUUUCCUAUUUUCUUACUGGAAGGGCUAAUAGAGAGAACAGUUUGAGGAGAGAGGGGAACAAAGACCACAUUUGAUUGUUAUAGACAUGGUUCUGGGUUUGCUCAGCCAUGAGAUGAGUAUGUCUUAUGGGGGAUUUCAUGUUAAGGGCAUGCUACUACAAACUCACCUGGGGCAAAGCAAGUGAAGACAAGCAAUUAACAGGCAGGAAUACUUUUUUGCUUUGUAUUGAGCCAAUCAGUAAACAGAACACUAUGAGUUACUUUGCAGGUCACACUGCUUAGUGAUUAAGAUAGUAUAAUAUUACUAGUGUUAUUAACAUGAACUGCUGAAACUAUGACUGGACAUGUUUGUCUAAAGACACAGAGGAUGCAUGUCUUGUCUUCUGCAGUGACCAGGUAGGUCUACUGUCAUCCAGAAUCAUCUUGCUCUUUCCAUGGAGCAAUUUCUUAAAAGUAAAACCCAUCUGUGUAAGUGUAGUUCUAGGCACUGUUAUAACAAGCAUGGUAACAGCAAGUGGUAAGGGACACCUUUUCAGUGUGCUUUUGCUAAUUUUGCUUAUGGAGUUGGAUUCUGUCUCUUGGAAUCCAUCUUAACAUUAUGCUAACAGGAGGUUACUUUAGGAAUACACCAGAGGAGAACUCCAACACCUUGAGCAUUUUCUCAGUUUUGAGAGGUGAGAACCAGACAUUGCUAAUUGUUAUACUUUGUUAUCUGUUUUAAUAGCAUGAGAUAGAACUAUUAAACCAGUGGUGAUUUUGGCUAUUAGUAGCAUUAAAGCUCCAGCAGUUUUACUGUGUCAGUUUAUAUUUAAUCAUUUGAAUUUCCAAACAAGAGACUCUUGAACUUGUUGCCACACAUGGAGUAAGAAUGUGCUGUAAUAGUUGUUUUAACAUAACCAUUGAUGUCAAAGCUCCUGCUUGCUUUGCAACUGUAAUAUGGAAUUCUGUUUAUGUGUUUGAUUUGGAGGUCUGUGUAGCAUUCCAUACUCUUCCUGUUUUCUGAAUUUGAAAGAACGCUAACUGGAAAACCUCAAACUUGCAAUACCUGGGGAAGUUUUAGGUAGUUUUACGUACUUAGUGAGUCAUCUGCACCUUCAAUUAUGUGUUUGUGCUUUGGGUUUUUUUAUUCUGUGCCUUGGGCUGUACUGAAAGUGAAAUUCCUCAUCUUUUCCCAUUCUUUGAAGUUGAGAAAUAUCUGGGUCAAACUAGGCAGAAUAAUACAGAGAUAAUGCUCGCCCACUAAAUCCAGCCAUGAAGCUUCUUGAUAGAGUGCAGUCCUUGUCACUUUGCCAGAAGAGGAGUUUGGAUUGAUAAGACAGAGAAGUUACAAAAUUUGUGCGCUGAAGAGCUGCUGUGCAUGGAAAUGGCAAAGCUGCAAAACAGGAGAAGGCUGCAGUUUCUUAGCUGGUGAUGGUAGUGCUGCUUUCCCCUGUGGGAAGAUCAGGCUGACAUACUGCUGUUUUACACUAGACUAAAGACUGGAAUGAUUCUCUGGUUCCAAUCAAUUUUUUAGCAGAAGUGCUGUUACUUGUGAAAUUAAGUUUUCACUUUUGAGCUCUAAGAAAGCUCAGUUCUGAAAAUGAAUGAAAGCAGCUGCACAAAGAAUGGCUCACAUCAAUGGUUUUUAGUUCUUCAAAAGUUGCUGUACAAUCCUGCAAAUAAUAAUCUUGUAGGUCCAAAAAGUCUAUGCAGAUAUCAAUCAAAUCUGUUGGGAAGGAGGGGAGUAAAGAGUUCCUUCAUUCCUUCUUAGCAUAAGGUGGAAACAACAUAUUAUAUGGCCUUAGAAGAAUUGAAAAUUUGGAGUAGGAUGACAAGCCCACACUUAAAACUGAGAAACAAAAUGGAGAGAGGUUAAUACUUAAUCUGAUUUAGCAUAGGUUUUUUUAACAAAGUCACAGUGCUUAAAAAGAUAGAAAAAUAUUGUAUAUAUUGAGAUGCUGGAAAGACAUAGUACUGAACUUGAAAGACUUCUCUAAUGAGAGUAACAGCAAAAAUACUUGGGAAAAAAUAUUUUACAAACAGGUGUGUUAAUAGACAUAUUAGAGGUUAGCUUACUACUAUGUUCAAGCAUUACUUAAACAGAAUGUUAAUGGUGAAAGGAUUCCUUUGCUUUGUACUAGACUGAAGUGUGUGGACACCGUUUGGAUGUUUUAAAAUGUAUUUUCUGGGAGGAUGGGAAAAACAUUGGAAAGCUGAAGGUUCAAAUGUGGUGUUGUGAUUUUGAGUGAGAAGUAUAAUUGUUGCCAUAAUUUGUACCCGUGUAUAAACACAUCAGCCGUUGAAAACAGAAUGCAGCUGACAUUUGCAGAAAUGAUAUUUUUUUUUAAUGGUACUAUAAUUUAGAAGUUAAAUAUCAAAAUAAAAGAGUUUUUGUUCA